AUGAUAACCGACAAUAUUAACAAUAAUAGUAAUAAUAAUAAUAAAAUUAUAAAAUUACCAUUAUAUAUUCAAAAAUAUAUAAUUAAAAUAUUAUGUAAACAUAUUGAUAGAAAUAAUAAAUUAAUUGAUUUCAUUAAAAUUGAAGAUAUUGAUUAUAGAGAUAAUGAAAAGUUAAUUAAAGAAUUAAUGAUUUCAUUGGCAUUAGUGAAUCAUGAUUGGUUUAAAACAUUAUCAAAUAAUUUAACAGUUUCAAUUGAUUUUAAUUAUAAUUUAGAUUUUGAAAAAAAUUUUAAUAAUAAUAAUAAUAAUAAUAAUACUACCACCGAAAUAAUGACAACAAAAAUAAAAACAUCAGAAUCAAAAGAUUUUAUUGAAAGAAUUGGAAAAUUUUCAAUUAUAAAAAAAGAAAAUGUAAAAACAUUAAAAUUACAUUUUGAUCAUACAGAUGAAUUAUUUUAUUAUAAAAAUAAAAAAGAUGGUAUUAAAGUUUGUUUUGAUUUUAAUUUAGCAAAUAAAGGUAUUGAAAAAUUAGUUAAUUAUCAACAACAACUACAACAACAACAACAACAACAACAACAACAAAAUAAUAAAGAAAAUAUAAUAUUUAAAAAAUUUAUAGUUAGAAACAUUAAUUUAAAAAAUAGUCAAAUUUUAGAUAUUAUAAAUUCUCUUUAUCAAAGUAAUAGUACAAUGAUUAAUUUAAAAUUAUAUAAAAUUAAUUUUAAAAGAUUUCAAACCGUUGAAUCAAUUGAAGAAUUUGGAAAAAGAGUUCAAAAAGUAUUAUCAAUUUCUACUGAAUAUUGUCCAUCAAAAGAAGUUUUAUUUAAAUCAUUAGAUAUUUGGUCAAAAAAUUUAGAUUUUUUAGUUAUUAAUGGUGAGAGUGAUAUUGAUGGUAUACCAAUAAUUAAAUUAUUAUCUUAUUCAAUUAAACAACAACAACAACAACAACAACAACAACAACAACAACAAAAACAACAACAACAACAAAAAGAAAAAGAAAAAGAAAAAGAAAAAGAAGAAGAAAAAAAAGAAGAUAAUUUAAAAUAUUAUUUAUCAAAUUUAUCACAUUUUGAAAAUUUAUAUUCAACAUUUUCAUUGGGUGAUUUAAAUUCAUUAUUUAAAACAUUUAGAAAUUUAAAAUUAUUUUCAAUUAAUUUUUGUUAUGAUAAUUUAAUUUAUUUAUUAUCAAAUAAUGUUGAAAGAAGAGAAUUGGGUUUAGGAUGUAGUUGUGAUAGUUUUUUAGAUGGUAGUGGUGGUAGUUUAGGUUUAUUAGUAGAGAAUAAAACUUUUUCAAAUAACUGGCAAGUUUUUAAACAAUUAUUUAAAGAGAACAAAACAAUGAAAAAAGUUACAUUUAAUCAUUGGUGCCGAGUUAGAGGUGGAAUUUUAAAAUUCCCAAAAAAUAAAAAAACUCCAACUUCAUUUAAUAAAGAGAUUGGUUCAUUAAUUUCAUCAAAUAAAUCAAUUUCAACAUUUUUAAUGUGGAGUUCAACAACUACUCAAGUGAUUGAAGAAAUACUCUUGAGUGGUAAUAAAACGAUUACACAUUUUGAAACAGGUGCAAUUAAUAGUACUUGUGAUUUUGAUAAAUAUUUAUUGGAUUUAAAUCGUUUAAUUAAUGAAUAUCAACAUAUUAAAAGUUUUGAUUUCAUUAAAAAUACUUAUAUUUUUUCAAAAAAUUCUUAUCAAAAUGAAAAAUUAAAAGUUUUUAAAAGAGAAAUUAAAUUAAAUCAAAAUUAA